AUGGAGGACGGCAUGAGAUCUGGAGAUGCCGCUGGCUCAGUGGUGGUGGAUAAUGAAGAUGGCAAGCCCUCGGUCUUUUACCAGAUCUACACACACUGCUGGUUUCAGAUUAUCCUUAUCAGCUUCAUCUGUUUCUGUUGCCCUGGCAUGUACAAUGCACUCACCGGUCUAGGAGGCUCCGGCCAAGUCGACCAGACAGUGGCCGCCAAUGCCACCGUUGCGCUCCUCGCCGCGACGGCAGCUACUGCGCUUUUCGUGGUAGGACCUAUCUUUGACCGUGUUGGUCCUCGAGUAUGCCUCCUGCUCGGUGGAUGGACCUAUCCCUUGUACUCGGGCAGUUUGCUGUGCUUCAAUGCUACCCAGAACGGUGCCUUUGUGAUUGCUUCUGGCGCAAUUCUUGGUGUAGGCGCCUCCUUCCUAUGGGUUGCACAGGGCGCUAUCAUGACUACCUACGUCAAGGAAUCGCAAAAAGGACGAGCCAUUGCCGCGUUCUGGAUCAUCUUCAACCUUGGUGGUGGGGUGGGAUCCCUCGCGAGCUUUGGCCUCAACUAUCACUCAAAGAGCGGCACUGUUUCAGACGGAACUUAUAUCGCUCUACUCAUCAUCAUGGCCAUUGGGUGGUUGUUGGGAGUCCUCAUCUGCCCUCCCACAAGCGUGCGCGUUUCCCAGCUACAAGCUACGCCACAGUCUGAGAAGAACUGGCGUAAGACGGCCCGACAGGCACUUCAUACUAUGACCGACUGGCGCGUACUGUGCAUGCUCCCGUUAUUCUUUUCGGCCAACGUCUUCUACUCCUACCAGCAGAACGUGGUCAAUGGUAUGACUUUCAAUAUCCGGACACGCUCGCUCAAUGGUGCCCUCUAUUGGAUUGCGCAGAUGCUGGGUGGUUUGAUCAUCGGUCUCAUCCUGGACAUGCCAGGCUUUAACCGGCCCAUGCGCGCUCGCAUUGGCUGGGUUUUCCUGUUUGUGACGGGCAUGGCCAUCUGGGGUGGUGGAUAUGCAUUCCAGAAAUGGUCGGAUCGUCGAAUGGCCGCGGGCCUCAAGCAGGACAUUGAUUAUACUCAAGGAAGUCUCUCUGUCGGUCCGAUCUUCCUCUACAUCUUCUACGGUGCCUACGAUGCCUUUUGGCAAUCUUUCUGCUACUGGCUCAUGGGUGCCCGUUCCAACUCCCCCGCCGAGACUGCGAUCACGGUUGGCGCGUAUAAAACGUUCCAGGCUACGGGAGGUGCCAUGGCCUGGCGCAUCAAUGCCUUGAAGAAGCCCGCCAUGACGCAGUUUGCGAUGGACUGGGGUUUAUGCAUGGGCUCCCUCGUCAUUGCCAUUCCAGCAGUCCUUGCAGUCACUCUCACCAGUGACCCAGAUGCGGAGGCUGUCGAAGGUAGGGAUACUGCAGACUUGAAGGAGAAAUCUCAGGUGGAAGGCAAGGCGUGA